AUGGAGAAGCAGAAGAAGCCCAUUCAACCCAUUGCGUCUGCUCUGCCAUUCAAUGGGAUAUGGCUGAUAUGUGGUCAAGUCUUUGUUGUGGGGCUUGAACCCACAACGUUUGACUCAGAGUAUGACAUCAAGGAAGACAACACCCUGCGCAUCAAGAGGGUGAGCAAUGGUGAUGAAGGAACAUUCACCUGUGUUGGGGAGAACCGUGUGGGGAUGGUUGAAGCGACCGCAACUCUCACUGUGCGAGCACACCCUGUCGCUGCCCCCCAGUUUGUGGUGAGGCCGAGAGACCAGAUCGUGGCUCAAGGACGGACAAUCACCUUCCCCUGUGAGACCAAAGGAAACCCUCAGCCUGCAGUCUUCUGGCAGAAAGAAGGAAGCCAGAACCUACUGUUUCCGAAUCAGCCCCCCCAGCCUUCCAGUAGAUUUGCUGUCUCCUCAACUGGUGACCUCACCAUUACCAACAUUCAGAGGUCUGACGCUGGCUACUACAUCUGUCAGGCCUUGACCGUGGCAGGAAGCAUUCUUGCCAAGGCUCAGCUGGAGGUCACGGACGUUCUGACAGAUAGGCCGCCCCCCAUCAUCCGCCAGGGUCCAGCCAAUCAGACUCUGGGUGUGGACGGGACCACCCUGCUAAAGUGUCAGGCCACUGGAGACCCCAUUCCCACAAUCAGCUGGCUGAAGGACGGUGUCAGUCUCCUGGGUAAAGACCCUCGCAUGUCCCUCCAGGAACUGGGAAGUCUGCAAAUCAAGAACGUACGGGUUACAGACUCUGGAAUCUACACCUGUGUUGCCACCAGCUCAAGUGGAGAAACCUCUUGGAGUGCAUUUUUGGAAGUGCGAGAGUCAGGUGCAGUGACCGUCAAUGUAAAGAUGGAUAUGGAUGCCCUCCCUGGGUCACCUUCCAAACCUCAAGUUGCUGAUGUCACAAAGAGCACAGUCACCCUCUCAUGGCUGGCAGGAAGCCAUAGUGGGUCAUCACCGGUUACAUCCUACGUCAUCGAGGCCUUCAGCCAAUCCGUAAGUAACAGCUGGCAAACUGUGGCGGAGAAUGUGAAGGACACUUUGCACACUGUUAGAGGUUUGAGGCCGAACACUAUCUACCUCUUCAUGGUGCGUGCUGUCAACAGUCAGGGCGUCAGUGACCCGAGUCAAAUGAGUGAGCCAGUUCGCACUCAAGAUAUUAGUCCACCGGCUCAAGGUGUGGAUCACAGGCAAGUGCAGCGGGAACUGGGUGAAGUUAUAGUGCACCUACAUAACCCACUUGUGCUCACUCCAUCCAGUAUACAAGUCACAUGGACGGUUGAGCGCCAGUCACAAUUCAUCCAGGGUUACCGUGUGAUGUUCCGGCAAGUCUCUGGCCUCCCCAGCCCCUCGUCCUGGCAAGUAAUGGAGGUCAAAGUGCCAACUGAGCGAAGCGCAGUUCUUAACAACCUGAAGAAAGGCAUCACCUACGAGAUGAAAGUCCGGCCGUACUUCAAUGAAUUUCAAGGGAUUGACAGCGAAUCCAAAACCGCGCGCACAACUGAGGAAGCUCCGAGUGCCCCCCCUCAGUCAGUGACCGUGAUGAUGGUUGGGAACCACAACAGCACUAGCAUCAGUGUUUCCUGGGAUCCUCCACCUGCAGAACAACAGAACGGCAUCAUCCAGGAAUACAAGAUAUGGUGCCUUGGCAAUGCCACCCGGUUUCACAUCAACAAGACUGUGGACGCUGCUAUACGUUCCGUGGUGAUUGGUGGUCUGCUUCCUGGUGUCCAGUAUCGUGUCCAAGUUGCUGCUAGUACCGGUGCUGGUGUCGGUGUCAAGAGUGAGCCACAGCUCAUCAUCAUCGGGAGCCGUGGCGAUGACAUCUUCAUGACUGGACCUGGGAGUAACAACAGCAUCACAGAGCAAAUCACGGACGUGGUGAAACAGCCAGCUUUCAUUGCGGGCAUCGGUGGGGCUUGCUGGGUCAUUCUAAUGGGCUUCAGCAUCUGGCUUUACUGGCGCAGGAAGAAGAGGAAGGGACUCAGCAACUACGCAGUAACUUUCCAACGUGUCGAUGGAGGAAUAAUGAGCAAUGGAAGCAGACCGGGCUUGUUGAAUCCAGGAGAGACGGGUUAUCCAUGGUUAGCGGACUCCUGGCCUACCACCAGCCUUCCUGUAAAUGGGGGUAGCAAUGGUCCCUCUGACAUUGGAGACCUCGGAGGCAUGGGGAACUUCAAUCAGGCAGCAGCAGGUCAGGGGGAGAAGUCAGGUACUAUGCUCUCGGACAGUGCCAUUUACAGCAGCAUUGAUGUCACCACCAAGACCAGCUUCAACAGCCCAGGCCAGGUCACACAGACCACUCCCUACGCCACCACUCAGCUCCUGCAUUCCAGUAGCAUCCAAGAGCUAGCUGUGGACCUGCCCGAGCCUCAGUGGAAGGCCUCCAUCCAACCAAAGCCAGAUCUGACCAGCUGUGGGUACUCUCUACCGGACCAGAGCAAGUUUAAUAACGGUGGCAAAGGUGGGAAGAAGAAGAAAAAUAAAAGCAGCAUCAAGCCCCAUAAGAACGCAAGCUCCAACUGGUCCAAUGUGCCCCUGCCCCCUCCACCGGUACAGCCCCUCCCUGGUACAGAACUGGACCACUACAUCAUGGACCACCAUGAAAAUGGCUAUGACAGUGAUGGAUGGUGUCCUCCACCACCUGUGAAGAGCUACCUGCACCAGGGCAUGGAGGAUGAGCUGGAGGAAGAGGAAGACCGUGUGCCAACGCCCCCAGUCCGUGGGAUCACCUCCUCGCCUGCCAUUUCCUUUGGCCAGCAGUCGACGGCCACCCUCACCCCUUCGCCCCGUGAGGAGAUGCAGCCGAUGCUACAAGCCCAUCUCGAUGAGAUCAGCAGGGCCUACCACUUUGACAUCUCACGACAAGCAUGGCAAAUGCAGGGCAGCUCUCUCCCCCCUCAGGCCCCGGCACUACCCCUGGGCUACAUCUCCGGGACGUUAAUUUCAGAUAUUGAGACAGACCUCCCGGAUGAGGAUGAGGACAAUGAGGACGAGGAAGAGGCUUUGGAGCUGGCCAGGCCUCUGCGGGGUAUUGCUCACACUCCAGGCUCCAGCAUCGAUAACUUGGAUAGCUCAGUGACAGGUUCAAUGGUAAAUGGAUGGGGUUCCGCCUCUGAGGAGGAGCGCAAUAUGUCUAGCCAGCGAUCUAGCGCUGCCAGCUCCUCCUCCAAUUCCAUCUUCACUGAUGGCGACUUUGCCCAGGCUCUGGCCACUGCGGCAGACAGGGCUGGCUUCAAGAUGGAGGGCACCAGCUUAAUGAGGACAGGUAAAGGAUAUUCCUCUUCACAGCGACUCCAACCCAGCAGCCCGUUCUCCAGCAACGGGAGUAUGGGUGCGGCUCACAACCCAUGUCAGAGAUCCAGACCACCCAAAAAACACAAGACAGCAGGGGGCAGAGUGGAGCAGCCCUCGGCACCACACCGCAGGGAGGCAGCAGUAGAUGACCUGCCUCCUCCACCUGACCCUCCGCCAUGUCAAGGUUCAAAGUUGCAAUCCGGGCAAGCACCCAAAGGAACGGGCAUGGUGGAUUCUCUAGAGAAACAACAACUGCCCAGCCUAGAAGACAACAUGGAACAUCUGGCCAAGACAUCUGUAGACCACGGGUACCAAGAAGAUUCACGGAGCAAGCUCCUACAGAAGCCAACGCUUGGCUCAGAUGAAAUGCUCAUACCAUACAGCAAGCCAAGCUUUCCCUCACCAGGUCACCUCAGUGGCCACAGCUCAUCUGGAACAGCCUCAUCGAAGGGUUCGACAGGUCCCAGGAAAGGUGUGCCCUCACGAGGGGCUCCAGCUAUCGCAAGUCAUCAGCGGAACAUUAGUGAUCUUCCAGAUGUAGGAUAUAUGGGAUCUUGCGGUCAAGGGCAGUUUUUAGGGGAUGUAUAGUGGUGAAGAGCUCUGUUCCUGAUGUUCUGCAGAGCGAGCCUAGCCUCACAGACACGAUGACACUUAAAUGGUGCAAUGAACCUCCUCCCUUAUUUAAUGUAUUAUGACAAAACCUGUAAAUGUGAUGUAAAGUCUAAGGUAACACAGCCACACACAUGUCCUACAACAUCAUUCUUUGAUACAUUGCUUCUCAUUCCCCUCCGUCACCCCCAAUUCACCUACACAACCCCAUCACCCUGGCCCCUUUCUUCCUUUACUUACCCCUCUCCCCACCCACCUCCAAAAAAAAAAUUAGAAACUGGACAGGGAAGAAUCUAAACAUGAAUAGCAAUUUAGCCAUCACUGCCCGAGAGAGAGAUAGCAAUUUCUUGUGUAAAUAAUUUCUGUUGCAUUGAUAUACAAAGUUCACUCUUUUUUUGACCUUUACAUCCUGUAAUUGUCUUUUUUUUAUUGGUCUGUUGUACUAUAUGUGAAUUGAUCAGGCAGCCAUUAAAAAUUGAAAAAAAAAGACACAAAAAAGUUUUUUUUUAAGGUUAUUACUGUAUCACUUUUUUUUAAGAUUCUGUUCUUUGAAGUUUGCACUGAUUUUUUUUAGUGAUAAGCACAAACCUAUAAAGUCCCAAUGAAAAUGAAGAAAAGAGGAGGAUUAAAAAGCGAUUGAGUUGUAGGAGAGGGGGAUUUUGUUCACUGUGUCUGUGUGUGUGUGUGUGUGUGUGUGUGUGUGUGUGUGUGUGUGUGUGUGUGUGUGUGUGUGUGUGCCCGCGCGUGUGUGUGCAUGUGCGUGUGUGCGUGUGUGUGUGUGUGUGUGCGCGCAUCGGGGGAAGUAAAAGAACAUCUGGAUGUUCCUGGAUCAACGUGUCAUGACCUUCAGCAGCCACAAAAGGCUGCAGACCCUCUCAGCUGAGUGUGUCAGAACAUUACCUCAGUGUCACUGUGUGACAGCGAGAGAGCCCAAUGCAGUUGGCAUCUCAAGGAACGUCCGCCAAGUCUUCCCCUCGCCCCAUGGCCAGAGAAGACUCCUUCCCACUUCCCCCUACCCUUUACCCACACGUAGCUAUGUCUAACAUUGCCCCGUUUUAAUAGUACAGAGACGUUCCGAAUCUCCCCCACUUUAAACUGUGUAAAGAUGUCAUGUUAAUGCUCUGACAAUGUGUGACUGGGAUCCUAAAUCACGGCUACUGACUGCAAAGACUUUUGAAAAAGGGUGCUUGAUGUCGAAUAUAGUCUUCAACAUUAAUCCUAAAACAAGGUCUGGAGCCUUGCUUAUGCUGUUACGAUUAAAAUAAAGUGUGUGUGUCAGUAUUACAGAAAGUUGUU